AUGAAGAUGUCUGCAGUAUUCGCAAUCUUUAUGAUAAUGGGUAUAUUAUCAACCUCAUCAAGAGCUCAAGCUCCAGCAGCAACACCAAAAAUUGCACCAGUUCCUGUUGCUUCACUACCAACUGUUGCACUCGCACCAGUACCAGCAGUUUCAUCACCAACACCAUCCCCAUCAGUAGCACCGGUUACAUCACAAACAGCUUCACCAACAUCUGCUCCCACUCCAUCUACAAUGUCUCCAUCACCUGACAGUAAUUUAACUCCAGCUGCUGCCCCUGUCACACCAGCUGCAGCUCCAGGUCCCGAAGCGGAUGGUAUACUUACUGAUGCAUCAAGUGCUCACAGAUUCGUUGCUGUUGGAUUUGCUUUUGUUGGUAUCUUUGUUGCUUCUGUUUUCUUAUUCUAA